CGCUUGGCUCUCUCUUUCUCGGCGCGGUCGCCCGUAUCGUCGGUUCCCCCGAGAACGUCCGUGACGAUCCUCGAACACCUCUUGGCGGCUGUGUGUGGUCCCUACCUUUUUUCUCAACCGGUGGGUUUCGUGCGGUCCGAUAAGAGAAACCAAUGCGAGUCGUCUACGACUAUCGCUCGGGAGACGAUUUUCCGAACAAUUUUUCCGACCGAAAGUCCAUUCGGUCGGGCGUCUCACAGUCGGAGAAUCUCGUAGUCGGUGACUGUGGGUGGUUGAGGUCGACGGUGGAUCUCUAGAGCGCGACCCGCGAGUCGCGAACGAGUGCGCUUCGUGAUUCCGGCCGGUCGGACUGUCAUCCGCUUUACGUUGCUCCCAAGUUGCGCGUUGGAGACUUCGACGACCGAUACGGAGGAUGUCACGCUCCGUGGACCACCCUGGUGGCUGCCGCGAUCGUCGCCGCGUCGCGGUGGCGUCGACCCUGCCGGCGAUCUUGCGGUGAGCGUCGCGUGUGCAUGUUCUCGCCCUGUGCUAUAUACCUGAUCGUAGUAGCGUAGUGAACGACGUGUUGUGACUCUCGGCAAGUGUCAUUGGCGAGUCAAUGAGGCUGCAGAGACGCGAGCCAACGUGGACGGGUCGCAACUCCGGCCUUUGAUGAGAUCGACCGGUUUCUACGAAUGAUGAUCGCGGAAGAGAGAAGUCGGCGGUGUUUUUGUUGAACCGAUCGGCGUACGUGCGCUUUGCCCGAGGGAGAAUAUUGCGCGAAGGGCAAACACGGAGCGCGUCCUACGAAUGACAGUACGCGUUUAGUGUGCGCGUUUCGUCUUUGUCUACGUUUUCGCACGACGUCUAUGGAAAGUUAUACCAAUCACGGAUUAAUGCAUGCCGGAAAUUGCAGCAUGGAGGACAUAAGCGUCACGGUUACUAGCACAACGACGACAAGCACGAACACAGUCCAUCCUAGUGUAAAUGAUAUGGAUUGGUUCGCCGGUGUCGCCGAAGAGGAAUUGCUAUAUUACACCGGCGUCGGCAAUGACGUCGAUUCCUUAUGGGCUGUCAUUGGGAGUUUUGUACCGCCGCCACCUAGGCCACCUUAUCUACCCGAGGAGAGCAUCGCCACCGACGGGCUCACCACCUGCGACUUGUGUUCCUGGGCAUGGAGAAAUGAUAGGCAUUCUUUCUCCCUUGAUGGUACUCUUGAAGCUCCUGGAGAACUUGGAUGGGUGCUAACUCUAGUGAUAGUAUCUUUAGUAUCAGCUGGUAUCGGGGCGAUAGUGAUGUUGACACUUCUUCACUGUCGAAGGAUAAAGAGCGCCGGAGGCAGAGCGAGCUGCUGCGGCGUCGGUGUGGAGGAUUCGAGCGUACCCGAUGCCGGCGGGUCCGCGGGGACGGGUGGCACCGGCGGCGGAGUGGCCGUCAUACCUGAUCGGCCGCCUCUCGAAUUAGACAAAUUACCACCUUAUCACGACGUAGCGCCUAGCCCCGGGCAUAAUGUAUGGUCGUGGCUGGGCUCUCGACGAGGCGGCGGCACCCCAGGAGUCGUCACGACGCCGCUCUCCCUUCCUCAGCAUCGACGGGCGAUGAAUCUCCCGGUCGAAAAUCAUUACACCCACAUGCAAACCGACGAGGCUCUGUACGCGGAACUGGACUCGCAGGCCGCGAGCUACGCGAGCGAUUUACAGUUACAAAUGAGAGGAAGCUCGACGUACGGUACGACUUCCGGCGGACAGGACGACGAAUAUCACGAGCUGGACGCAGCCAGAUUACAUCGUCAUUACGGAGGCAGCGACGGAUCGUUACACAAAGAUACGCUUCGAACUAGGCACAGUAAAAGGAUACAAGAGCCAGACUACGAGAUGUACGAGAAUGGACCGUCGACGCCAAUACCGCCGAGCCAGCAUCAGCUUCAUCAUCAUCAUCAUCACCAUCACCACAAUCAUCACCAUCAUCAUCAGGAGCUGAGGAUCGGCAGUAGGAACAGCGAGCAUCCUUCGUACCAGAACACGGCGUACACCGGAAGCGACGCCGAGCCAGACGGGCCGACGCUGAGCAGUGCUCCCAGCAGCGCCUACUACAGCGAUCUCAGCUCGAAUUCGGCGAAUCAACAGAUGCCGGCCGCGGCGAUAUCGUCCGCGACGUCGACGGCGAUGACGAGUCUGCACCUGAAUCCGCAGAAUCUCGACGCGCCGCAAUACAGACUUGCAGCAAUCAACGAGAACACAGUGCCUUCGGAUUAUAUUUAAGAGACACUUUUUUUUAAACAGAUGACGAGACGACGUUUGAAACGUAGUAACUAGCGAAACCAAGAUGUUCAUCUCGUGCGAACGAAGAGUCUUUGUGCUGAUAUUUAUAAUUAACACUAUUUCUACACGGGAAUGAUAGAAGAUUGCGUCGUAGCACUAGAAAAAACGUAGAAUUGAACCGAACAGAUCAGAGGAGACAAAAGAUCGUGAAAUUUUUCGUCACUGUCGUCGUGACUCGAGGGUUUCUUCAACAAAGUGUUUCACGGUGCUCAAUUUCAAGUUUUGCCCAUACAGGAGGAAUUGAAAAGCUCGCGUUUGGUAAGAGCGUUGUUUAACUGGCGGAUGUGUCGGAGACCGGUUCCGGGUAAAAUCGAUUUCUUGCCCGGCAACGCUCCACUUGCUCCUUUGUCGCCGCACUUUGCGGUCCAGUUAAGACAAUCGACUCUCGAGACACGCGAAUCGACGGAUCAAGCGUCGCGAAUCGAUCGGCAGCGCGGCGUGUUCUCCUCUGCUUUUGCGCGCUAACAAAAUACUAGGUAUUCAAUGUUUCGAUACUUUUUUAAACGAAAGACAAGCGGAAGAUAAACCGGUUGGCAGGUAAGUGACCAAAGCAAAUCGUGCCGGCGGAAUUAAUACACGAUUAAGCGCUAUUCUCGUGACGUCGGAAAAAGCCUGCAGUCGUGACAAAAAUUUUCACCGUUAUGACGGCUAACGUCAUAGCUGCCACUAAACGCGUGAUUUCGCUUGUUAAAAUAAUGAUAAAUUCAUGUUCGCGUUCGUUUGAAAUGCAUCAUAUUAUAAGUGCGCGGAUAUUUCGAAUAAUUAUGAUGCCGACUCGGGCAUGAUAUUCCCUUGAGUACACAUGUAACGUAAAAACGUAAUGAUAUCGCAUGAAGAAUCACGCAUUGCGGUUUCCAAUCAGCCAUAGCACGCCAUAAAUUGAUGCCACUCUGACAAGUUUCCGUGAAAGCUAACCAGUAUCUGGUAAGAAAAAUCGACCUCUAUUAUCUCUCUUGGAAAAGGAAAGUAAAAUUUCAAACCUGUAUAAUGUAAGUGGUUAACGGCAUAAAACACUGCCCUAUACAAAUUGCUGUAACCAUAUCGAUGAGAUAAAACUUAAUUUUGCAACAAAUUAAAUAAAAAAUGAAAAUGACGGCUAAAAGUAACGAAAACCUGGAAAAUUGCAACAGACAAUGAUAUCUUUCGAUAUAGAAAAAAUGGAUUUCAAUUUAAGCACAAAUUUCUUAUAAAUAAAUAAUACGAUAGACGGAAAGCAACUUGUACAUAUUUUAUCUUAAUCUUAACAGCAACACAAAGCUGACUUGUUAUUUUCACGUAUUAGAUUCUGACGCAUUAAAGGGUUAAUCCGGGAUCUAAUCGCGCGGGAUACUCGAGCAUGAUUCUAGACGUUAUUGAGAAGAGAAGCCGCGCUGCGCAUUCGAAAUGCCUACACGAUACGAAUGAAAUGAAGUCGUUUUGAAGAGCAGGUGCCCCGUAAUUUGACGUUCGGAACUGCCAGUCAGUGCUCUCGGCUAUAUCCGUCCGUUCUCUAAGCAGUCACGCGUAUUCACAACCAGCAUCCUUCUCUGCUUACCGCGCGUAAAUGAGGUUUCGUUUUCACGUGCGUGCCUCGAUUACGGAAAAUUGCAGAAUUCCGUGCCCUGUCAAGUCGGCGGACCACGAUGCUCGACAAAGCAGGAAUGUAUUAUUCACGCAAAAUAUCUUUUCAAAACAUUUUAUUAUAUUAUUAUAUUUUCCGUGUUUUUAUUCUGCACAAACGUAAUAGCGGACGUAAUCAUUCACGUAUAGUAUUGUUAGCGGCUGACAGAUUGCAUGUUAAAUUUAAAAUAUCUUUUGCAACGACGUUAACUGUUGGUUGCUUUUUCGAAUUUUGGUUCUCCGAAUUUUAUGCUAAACUAUUCAGGAUAACAAAUUACUUACUCUUUCAGUAAAACGGAAGAAGCGCAUCGCAACUGUGAAGUUUAAUGCUCAUAAUAAAAUUAUCUUCAUGACCUCGGCGUGUAAUAUGGCAACAAAUUGUGGGAAAUCUUUCUGGCGGCAAUUGGAUGCAACUAGUAGCGGACUUUGUUCGAGGAAUCGCAUCGAAUCGGGUCCGUAUGUCACGCGAGGGAUUAUCAUUCAAGCACUAAAUAGAUUUCAGUCUACGGCGUAUCAGUUUCAAUCGUUUAUCUUCGUUUCCCGAUCGACGGCGGAAUUAAUUCGUCUCGCUCGAUUCGGCGGGGAAUCGUUUAAUCGUCGCCGUCGUGUUCUCUUAAUUACCUUCUCAGGCGAAGCCGAUUGUUCCCUCGUCGGGACACGAAGCCGAGUAGACGCGUUCUCUCGCUUCGCCUCGGGAUUCUCCCGUGCGCGUUUCACGUCGUUCACCUUUAACUCACCUGCGCUCACGCACGCAUACCUACAUCCCACCGACACAUUCUCCGAAACACACGAGAAUACCGCCGAUGCUCUGCGCUCACCUAAACACGCGCGUCUCACCAUAAAUGCAUGAAAAUAACUUUAGAAUCACUCGAUUCUCUGAGUUUCCAAUUACUGCACGUUUAACCGAGGAAAACGAACGCGGAUAAACGAACGCUUGUUAUAUUGCUGGAAAUUAUUGCAAUUUUUAUAAAAAGAAAUUAAAUCUAUUACCACAAAGUACCUAAUCAACAUAAUAUAGAACUUAUUUAAUUAACAAGAUAAUGGUUUCACACACAAAAUCACUUUUGUAUAAUAUUUUCUAAACUUUAGAUUUUCGCAUAUUUUACAAAUAUCAAUUUGCUAAUAUGUUAGUAAUUUAUAAUAAAUUAAAGGAACGUGUCAAAUAUAUUAUCUUCAAAAAUAAGAAAGUGAAAUCAAUCUUUUACGAUUGGCAAUUUUCGAAAUGGCCAAAACGCACGAAUGCACCGAGGCGUAUAGCCACGAGCUAUAACGCAAUGCGCAGCGCGUGCAUUCAAACACAGACGCAACAAUACGCUCCCUUUUCAGAUACGCUAUAAUUAAUUGCGCCCUUGCGGCCACAAUGGCAGUAGGGAGAGCCGCCUCGACUCUCGGUGCUGCAUUAUACCGCCGAAAAAAUCCCACGACUGCGCCACGUCGUCUUGGCCGGACGGGUAGCCCUUAUCACGGUCGCGUUACGCGAGCGUAUUAUGGAAUUCGCUUAAUUAAAGUUUGCUUCGUUUCCCUUCGCGCGUCUUCCGCAUUUGCGUCACGCGCCGAGAUUUCCAGCGAGCUCGCGUGUUCAAGAGUAAUUCGGAAUUAUAAUCUGAAAGGCCGCAUCUCGUAAUCUGCGUUCAGGUAGAUUAACUCGAUCGCGUCGCUAUUUAUUGCGGAAAAUCUCGUAACGACAUAGCACUUUAUUACAGUAAAAUAGAUGUUUCAAUAUUAAGUUCUCAAAUCACACAUACAUCAGUCUAUAUCUUGCAUAAUACGAAAUGUCUGAUUAAAAAAAACUCCACCAAAAAUAUUUAAGGCCCAUAAAUCAUUAAAAGAUUAAUACGAGAAAAUA